AUGACAUCUGAGAGUUGUUUUCAAGAUGAAAAGCCGGUUUUCUACAGAGAUGGGGACCUAGUAUUGGGUGGGUUUUUCCGUCUUUAUAACGUGGAUGAAGAAGCAGCCAUAGUUCAGAAAUCUUUUCUAAGAUCACCUCAAGAAUUGCAAUAUUCUUGGUGGCAUUGGAAAAACUACCAAAAUGUUUUGAUAUUUCUUUUUGCCAUCGAGGAGAUCAACAAGAGCCCCCAUUUGCUUCCCAACCUUUCCCUGGGUUUUUAUCUCUACAAUGCACUCCCCAGUAGCCAAAGGACCUUAGAAAGUACUCUGUUUUUGCUCUCUGGAAUGAAUCAAACUCUGCCUAACUACAACUGCCAGACACAGAAAAAAUCUGUUGCUGUCAUCGCAGGACACACAUCAACAUUUUCAAUCCAAAUUGGAACUCUUUUGGAGCUCUACAAAAGCCCACAAGUCACAUAUGGUCCUUUUGAUCCCACUCUAUGUGAUAAAGACCUGUUUUCAUCAGUUUAUCAGAUGGCCUCCAAGGAGAGCUUUCUGGCCCAUGGAAUCAUCUCAUUGUUGCUGCAGUUUGGCUGGAUGUGGGUGGCACUUUAUGUAUCUGAUGAUAUGCAAGGAGAGCAUUUCCUUCAGACUCUAAAGGCAGAGAUGAUGAAAAAAAAUAUCUGUGUGGCCUUUACAGAAAAGCUCCCUACCACAACUGGUACUGAGACAUCAAAAGAUUUCAACUUUCUGACUAGGAUCAGAGUUUCAUCUGCAAAUGUAUACAUAAUAUAUGGAGAUGUAGGGAGUGUCUGGAACCUGGGAUGGGCAAAUGAAUUCUAUUUAAUUUUGGGAAAGGUGUGGAUCAUGAGAAAUCUCCAGUUAUCACACUGGGAUGACAUUUUAACUGUCACAGAUAAUUUGCCAUACUUUUUCCAUGGAAGCCUCUUAUUUUCAAACCAGAAGAGAAAGAUUCCUGGUUUCAGACAUUUUCUAAAGACACUCAACCCUUACCAACACCCACAAGAUCUUUUAUUGAGCGAACUAUGGAUUGGUGUUUUAAAUUGUUCACUUGCUAGAUCACUAUGUUUCACAAUUGUAGACUGCCCACCAAAUUCUUCCUUAGAGUUUAUACCAUCUUAUUUGGACUUGAUGACUGUGUUUGACUCCAAUAUUUUGAUCUAUCAUGCUGUGUAUGUGGUGGCCCAAGUCCUUCACAAGGUUUUUUUGCAGAAAAUAGAAAUAGGACCUCCAGAAGAUUCAGACCUGGUUAUGGUUCUUCCGUGGCAGCUUCAUCCAUUUCUGAGGAAAAGCCAAUUCACAAACAAUGCUGGGUACAACUUGCCCCUGGAUGAAAAAACAAAUCAUACAGCACAGUAUGAUAUCCAGAACCUUGUGAGAUUUCCUAAUCAGAGCUGGCUCCUGGUUAAAGUAGGAGAUUUUGUCCACAGGAGUCCCCAUAAUCAAGGCUUAGUUGUCAAUGAAGAGAUUAUAAAAUGGCCAGUUAGUUUCAAAGAGACUCCUGAAUCUCUGUGUAGCCAUAGCUGUGGUCCUGGAUUCCAAAAAAUUCCUCAGGAAGGAAGACCUGUUUGCUGCUUUGUUUGUGUUUCUUGUACUGAGAGAGACAUUUCAAAUAUAACAGAUGCAGAGCAGUGUGUCCAGUGUCCAGCUCAAGAGUAUCCAAAUGCUGAGAGAACUCAAUGCCUCCCCAAGCUUGUGACGUACCUGAAUUUCAAGGAUGCUUUGGGGAUAUCCAUGGCCUGUACUGUGGUAUGCUUUUUUGGGGUCACAGCUGUGGUUUUGGGGAUCUUCAUAAAACACAGAGACACUCCCAUAGUCAAGGCCAAUAACUGGACUCUCAGCUUCAACCUACUCAUUUCCCUCCUCUUGUGCUUCCUCUGCUCCUUGCUCUUCAUUGGCCAUCCUAACACAGUCACCUGCAUCCUUCAACAAGUCACAUUUGGACUUGUGUUCACUGUGGCUGUUUCCACUGUUCUGGCCAAAACCAUUACCGUGGUUCUGGCAUUCAAGGUCAUGAAGUCUGGAAGAAUAAUGAGGUGGCUGCUACUAUCAGGGGCUUCUAACUUUGUCAUUCCCAUCUGCUUCCUGAUUCAAGUGAUAAUCUGUGGGAUCUGGCUGGGAACUUCUCCCCCUUUCAUUGACAUAGACUCACUCUCUGAGCCCAGACAUAUUAUCAUAAUGUGUAACAAGGGCUCAUUCACUGCCUUCUACUGUGUCUUGGGAUACUUGGGCUUUUUGGCUGUAGGAAGUUUCACUGUGGCUUUCCUGGCCAGGAACCUGCCUGAUACAUUCAAUGAAGCCAAAUUCCUCACAUUCAGCAUGCUGGUGUUCUGCAGUGUUUGGGUCACCUUCCUCCCUGUCUACCACAGCACCAAGGGGAAGUUUAUGGUAGCUGUGGAGGUUUUCUCCAUACUGGCCUCCAGCGCAGGGCUCCUAUGCUGCAUCUUUGUCCCUAAGUGUUACAUUAUUCUGAUAAGACCUGAUAAAAACUUAAUAAGUGAAAUAGAAUAUAAAUGAACUACACAGAAAAUAAAUGAAUGCAAAAGC